AUUCCUUGGAACAGUUAGAAAAAGCCAGAGUCCACUCAACAGAGGGACAGAAUAAACCAAGCAGAAGCUAUUGGUUAGAGCUCUUUGGGGAGGCUCUGUGAUGGCGCGCUACUUGCUGGGCUCCACUGGUCUGCUCUUGCUAUGGAUCUGUUGCACAGCACAGAAUUUCCCCAUAUACCAACAGGGACAAGUUGCUUAUGACGAUUUGGUGAACCUCUUGACUGAUUCGGAGAUUCCAGCCAAGUGUGGUCCUCCACCAGCUAUUGAUAAUGCAAUGCUUAUUGCCCGUCGAGCACAAGAAUACUUAUCAGGUGCAACUGUGAUAUACCAGUGCUAUAGACUGUAUGAAAUGGAAGGCACUCCAAUUGCACGGUGUUCAAAUGGUCACUGGAGAGGCGUGCCCAGAUGUGUUCAGACCUGUAGAGCAGAUGAAAGUGAGAUGGGCCAUAACAACAUACAACUGAGGUCAAUAACUAAAUCAACAUCCAUGAGAGCAUCUGAUUAUUGGAUGGAAUUUGAGUGUAAAGCAGGAUUUCAUAUGGAUCCAUCAUCAGCACCUUUUAGAAAACAAUGUGUAAAGGGAAGAUGGGUGUAUCCAAGAUGCAUAUAGAAGA